GAUUUUUAAGUAACAAGGAGGAAAAAAUAUUUUUUUGUUAAUUUUCUAAUAUUUUCGAAGAUUCUUGGAGUUAUUUGUGCUGUUUUCACUUUAGGAAAAUGAUGGGUUUUUGAGUAAAACGUGAAAGAAUUUUUUUCUUAGUAUUUUCUUGGGUUUUUUUUUUUUUUUUUUUUUUUUAAAUGUUCUUGGAGGUAUUUUUGCUGUUUUCACUUAGCAAAAUGAUGGGUUUUUGAGUAAAAGGUUAAAACAAAAUCUUUUUUACUUUGAGUGAUUCUCUUGGUGAUUUUUUUUUUUUUUUUUUUUUUUUUAAAGUUAUGGAGGGAAGAGAAAAUAUGAGUAGUAUGAGUGGAGUAACAGUAGUGGGAUCAGAUGCACCAUCAGAUUACCAUGUAGCCCCUAGGACUACAAACAUUGAAUCAAAUCCCACACCUCAUAUAAUGAGAGUUGUUUCACCUCCAAGUGGUGUUGGUGGUGCAGCAAUGGUGGAUAUAGUGAAGAAGAAAAGGGGUAGACCAAGAAAGUAUGGACCAGAUGGGGCACUUUCACCUAAGCCGAUAUCGUCGGCGGGCCCCCCAUCCUUGGUAGGCCCGGUGAUUGAUUUCUCGGCGGAGAAACGGGGGAAAAUCAGGCCGGUUGGGUUGGUUAGUAAACCUCAUAUGCCUAAGUUGGAUGUUGAAACUUCAGGUGAAUGGGUCUCAUGCUCUGUUGGUGCUAAUUUUACACCCCAUAUAAUCACCGUUAAUACUGGAGAGGAUGUCACGAUGAAGAUUAUUUCAUUCUCUCAACAAGGGCCUCGAGCAAUAUGCAUUCUCUCAGCAAACGGUGUAAUUUCAAGCGUUACGCUACGUCAACCUGACUCUUCUGGUGGCACAUUGACAUAUGAGGGCCGGUUUGAGAUACUGUCACUGACCGGAUCAUUUAUGCCAUCCGAGACGGGAGGAAUGAGAAACAGAUCUGGCGGAAUGAGCGUUUCUCUAGCAAGCCCUGAUGGACGUGUUGUUGGAGGUGGAGUUGCCGGUCUACUAGUUGCUGCCGGUCCUGUGCAGAUUGUUGUGGGAAGCUUCCUUGCUGGAAAUCAACAUGAGCAAAAGACUAAGAAAAACAAACUGGAGCCUAUAGCAGCUGCUGUUGUUCCUUUAUCUAGUACAGAUAUUGAAGGACCUUACAAUAAUCACUCUUCUGCAAAACCAACUAUGCCCGCUUCCUCGAUUAACUGGUCAUCGUCGGUGGCACCCGACUCGAGAAAUAAGCCGGCUGACAUCAACGUAACGCUGCCUGCGUCGUAGGGUAAAUCUUUCGGGUUUUGGUAUUCGAUCCUUAAUUCUCACAUCCAUUUGUUGUUAACUUGUUUGUCAGCCUCGUGUGCGGGGCGUGUCAUUUUCCAGUUGAGGUCUGUGUAGUAAUUCGAACUAGUAUUCGUCGUAGUUUUAUUUUUCUUUCUAUUCGAUCGUUCCUUGUAG